AUGGCCGACGCCCUCGCCGAAAGCACGGCGAAGCUCGUCCUUGACGAGGAGACCGGCGAGAUGGUCUCCAAGAACGAGCUGAAGAAGCGGACCCAGAAACGCGCUAAAAAGGCCGCCGCGGCGGCCGCCAAAGCGAACCAGAAGCCUGCGGCCCCGAAGCCCAAGACCGAACAGGCGAAGCCCGUCGAGGAGACCCCGCUUGACCCGGAUGCCAUGUUCAAGCAGGGCUUCCUCGCCAAUGUCUUCCGCGAACGUCCCAUGAAGCCGGUCGUCACGCGAUUCCCGCCGGAGCCGAAUGGAUAUUUGCAUCUGGGGCACUGCAAGGCGAUUGCAGUCAACUUUGGGUUUGCGCGAUACCACGGGGGAGAGACGGUGCGUAUGGUAGGAUGUUUUGGAGAUGGGGCUUGCUGA